AUGCAGGAGUUCGGUGUUUUGUUCAUUCUUGGUGGUCCUGGGGCUGGCAAGGGAACUAUUUGUCAAAAAAUCGCCGAGGUAUAUUCGCAGUCUUAAAUGUUAUAUUAUCCAUAUUGCGAGACGUUCUCUUUGUAUUUUGCAGGCGUGUUUAUCAUUUUAUUUUUUAUUCUUGUCUCUGCUUCGUCAAUAGUACAUCAAAACAAACGGUAGCUUCUUGCGGGACCAGCCGUUUGUUCUUCGUGUGAAGUUUUCUUCGUCCAACGCUUUGAACUCACUUCUUCCCUACCCGUCUAGUCCAAAGUGUUUCACCAAAUAAUGCCUUCCCCCUCUUACCACGAGUGUACUAAUGACCACACAUGUCAAAAAUGGGUAAUUACUACUGCGUAUGUACACCAAAUAGCAUUCCUAGUAGCUGUACAUUACUCAAGCCCAUUGCGUCCAUGACUAUGAAGUGCCACGACCUCUAUUUCAAGGCUUUUUAAUUUACUAAGAAGUUAAUGCAGAGACUUCGAAUAUAUUUCUCGGCAUAGGAUUCAAGUCCGGUUCGAAAGUUCAUAUGAAUAGUUAAGCUGAAAUCCAUCAAUUCAGGUCAAUAGCCGCGUAGUGUUCAAAUUGUGUCCACAAGCAGUCGGUAGUAUGGAAAUACUGGUUGGUUAGUCAUCCUCGCAGCACAGUUACCAAAAUUUCGGACAUGUGUUUUGCCUAUUUUGUGCUGCCGCAUAACGCGGAUGUGAGGGAUUCGACCCAUCAGUGGUCCCCCAGCCUCCGUCAUUAGUUUUCUCAAGUCCGGUCCGAAAUGACCAAAACAUGUGUCUGGCCUUUUGGGAGUAUGAUAAACCAACCAGCAUAUAUAUAAUGAUAAAAGGACGUUCAUCAAUCAAGCUACAGGACAUGCUCAUUUCGUUGCUUCUUAUGGUUCAGUGUAGGACCUUUACAGACUGCCAUAUAGCGACCAGUAAUCAUUCAAGGAGUGCUGAUAAAGUCAAGAGAGGCUGGGACGGCUGUUAUUGGUCUCGUCAGACACCUGUGCACAGGCGCUCUAGAGACCACUGAAAAGAAACGUUUUGCCACUGAAUAUCGGCGUGCUACUAUAUAUCCGUCAGAAUAACAGUCCUUCAUCUCAUUGAACACUAGGCAUUCGAACUGAGUGCAUGCUACCCAUCGCCUGCGAGACUUGAUCGAUCCCUGAUUAUUAUAAGCUAGUCGGUAGUUGUCGCCGUAAUUACUGCCUUCGGGUAGAAGUUAACGGAGACACUAACCUUGAUCUUCCCUGUUCUACGUCGACGUUGAGAUUUCUUAGGCUAAAUUCUUGAAUCAGUACUGAGUGAGGCAUUAUAAAAGUGACCGCCAUCCCCAUAUACGGAAAUCAAUGGUCUCCUAUUUACCUGUCUGACACCGGAUCCCUGAAUCUCGGAAAAGACCAUUCGAUUGUCAAGGCAUUCCUGCUCCGAUAUUGAAAGUCAUGUAUCUCGUCAGCAAUGCAUAUGCAGUUAGUGGUACGCCAUGCUAUUUCUAUCGGAAACAUCCGGUCAGACAAAGAUAAGAAAUUGAAUUGUUGCGCACCAACCUGCUUGCCACCUAUUACCGGGUUAUGGUCGUCGAACCCCAACUGCAUCCCUUAAACUAUCAUCCUGUUCCGUGGCGAGACUCAAAAUCGAGUCCUUAAUAUGAACAAGGUAAGGGGACGAAAUAUGCAAAAUUUAAUGUCAUUGAAUUUCAACUAACAUCCCGUUCUGGGCCAUUGUAAUCACGCUUGGCGAUGUUUUGCUGUAAUCCGAUCUCGUUCAUAUACACAGUUUCCCUCCCCCUCUCACCGUGCCAACAGGCGUCAGAUCAACACAUUUGAGCAUUUUAUCUAAUUAAUAUGCAAUUGCCAUUCACACUUGGGUAAGUGGUCACGCAAUCUUAUCAAGUCACCAAAUUCCUCAUAUUCCGUCGCAGUGGCUUUGUUCCAAUUUUAUUUCGACGACCUACGUUCCAAAAGUCUUUCAUUUGUCCGGUUUUUGCUGUAGACCUAUAAUCUGGUCCAUUUAUCAGCCGGCGAGUUGCUACGCAAGGAGAUGGCCGACCCUUUAUCCAACUUUGCUGCUGAAAUAGAACCUUACAUAAAGGCGGGCACCAUCGUCCCAGUUGAAAUCACUUGCUCUUUGUUGCAUAAGGUAAGUAAUUCGUUCUCUUCUCACAUACACCCCAUACCUAUGAGAAGUACGCAUGCACAUCCAGUUGUCGCUGUCUAGAAACACCACACUGCACAGAUCCUUGUUUAUUCAUGCCAGUCCAUUUCGAUGGGAAAUCUUUUUUUUCUUUGUAGAGGGUAUUUUCAUAUGGUAACUCUAUUUCCUGCUGGGAGUGCAAGUUGACGUUGUCACCGUUGUCUCCAAAUUUCGGCUAGUUUGGAUAUUCUGAGACAAUCGUCUUGUGCCCUGUUCAUGAGCAUAGGGAGUCUGUUUUUUAUGCGGAGACCAAAUCAGUGGUUGUCUUUUGAUGUUCUUUUGCAGCUUAUUCGCAAUCUUAUAGUUUUUAAGCAAAUCAAGUGCUUAUCUAGUCACUUUUCAUUGGCCAUGACGUUCUUCAAUUCUCCAUUGUCGACGUCAUCUAAAUGACAUUUGGCAUAGCCUGCUUUCUAGAGAAUUUGGGGUUGUAUAUCCAGCCUACAGUGUAAACGGAAUCUUUUAUGAGGUAGCGAAUGAAUUUUAGAAAAAGCUAGACACGUUUCGUUCCAGUCUGGGAUACAUCGCUCUUUGCAAAGCUUUUGUAGCCGUCCGUCGCCUUUGUUUAACGCCCUACGGCAUUCACUGCGAGUGCUGCCUACUGGCUGCAGUACGGCCACAAAUGUGACUUCGGGUAACCACAACAGUCUUUUCCAUGUAUAACGAAACACACCAUUCGGAAGUGGGACCCCAUAAAAAUUGCCCACGCGAUUUACCUUCUUGGGCAUCGUUGGGCACUAUCAGCACGUACCGCUCGUGAGGCAGCAUUUCAGGGUCGUGAGUAAAAUGAAUCCCUCAUUCUGUCUACUUUUGUCUUCUGCCUCAAAGAUUGUGGCGCUUAAGUGAAACCCUUUUCUAGUUAAAACAGCUCUACUCUGUUGCCUUACUGUCCAAUAUGAAAGCAGACCUAACUGGCAGAUCAGCAGGUUUCCCAAACUCCGUGUUUUUCCUAUUUUCGUUCCUCCAAUUUCAUUCUCACAUUAUGUAAACCAGCAGAACUUUACAAUACACCAAAUCUAUCAUUUUGUGCUUCUCAUUUCGUGAUAAGUAGUUAGACCGCUAUUUCAAGCUCACAUUUUUUCUCUUUUCAGGCUAUGCUGGAGGGCUAUAAAAGCAAACAGUGUGUGACCUACCUCAUCGACGGUUUCCCUCGCAACGAAGACAACAAGUCAGGGUGGGAACGAAACAUGUGUGACAAGACUCGUGUCCUUCAAGUCCUGGUUUUGGACUGUCCCGAAGACGUAUGUUUCAUGACUUUUUCUCGGACGUUUAUUUUCUGCUAAUCCUUCAUGCCUUAGUCACCGUUGCCUACAUGACUUCGAUCCCGACCGACCCAGGCGACAUCUGGAUUUUUUUGCACUGCACUCCUUUGUUUUCGUGAACUUGGUAUGGUUGUGAUAGUGCCUUUUUAAGUCAGUUUCAAUGAUAUUGCGAGUUCUACCCGCGUGGUGACGUUCAGCGAUAGAUGAACUGAAGAACCCGAUCAACUCUUCUCCAGCAACGGAGUCUAAAUGGCCUGAGUCCACUAGCCACCGCCAUGACUUGCCGGGCUAUGCCGAGGUUGACCUCUUAUUCGUCGCCACGUCUGUUCAGGGACAGCAGCACAGAACUGGCAGAUCAGGCGACGAUGAUCGGACUCAUAGCAUUUCAGUUGUCCUUCCUGGAUGGUCCGAUAUAUCGUCGAGGUGUUGUUCCGACAAAUACGGACUGUAUUGCCGAUAGAAGCGAAGAGACGAGUCCCAGGAAGCAGUCUUAAAGAAUGAGACACGAUCACUGGGACAAGAGCUUUGUUAACCUGACGUUUCAGAUUCCUGCUCGAACCCAUCAUCAGAGACAAGAGCAGAUACGGGGGUUCAUGCAUAAGGGGACGCACUUUUCCCAGCCACAGGGUCAGUGCGUCAGAUGGUCGAGCCAUCAUCACACCAACGUCCAACGCACGUGAUGAAAUUGCAGCAAUUAACGAUGCCAAUGUCGGCCAUCACACCACGUGCAACGAUCCCUGAUGAAAGGGGAAACCGUGAAUAUUCAUAGGUAUGCGGUAGCAUGGCGACUGCAGCCCCUUGUGCAUGAACCACCCGUAUCUGCUUUUGUCUCUGAUGAUGGGUUCGAGCAGGAAUCCGAAACGUCAGGCUAAUAAAGCUCUUGUCCCAGCGAUCGUGUCUCCUUCUUCAAUACGGACUGUAUUAUUCGGUGUACUUCUCUCGGAGGAUAGUUUUCAGACAAUUACGACCAAACCAGCAGCUUUUGCUCAUCUUCCACGCGCACAGUCCAGCAUUCACAACCAUACAGGGGAACGUACGGGCCUGGUGUCAGAGGGGCUAUAUUGUUGGCAUAAUCAAGGCACUUUUGUCGGAGUUCGAAACUGCUCAGCGCCUUUCCAAGAAUCCAGUCAGUGGCGCAGUUAGACAGGAUGGUUGGCAGAACGUUGUCUUGCCAAAACGCCUAUUGACAGAGAUGGUUGUGGAUUAAAAAUCGAGUUUCGGUGACGCAAUAACCUGCUUUAAUCAACAUUAUUUAAUUCCACCAUCCGGAACGGGGACUUAUAGCGAACAAAAUCGAACGCUACAACGAAGAAAACAGAAAAGACGGUUAUCAAUUGAUAAUAGCCGUAGCGAAGUUCAAGCUUGCGUCGCAGCGGGAAUGCUUAAUUUGGGCAUCAACGUUCAUCACGGAAACCGGCACUCACUCUCGGGUCUACCGCACGCUUAAACAGUUUGAUAAUGACCUUCGCAGGGACGCAAAAACUGCUACCAAGGUAGUUCUGGCGACUCGUCUUCCUUCGCUGGGACAAGCGCGAAGAUGACCAGACCAGUGCCAUUAGCAGGAUUCCCUUCUCCGCACGUUUAGUUUAUCGCAUUUUUAAGUUAGACUGUCGGCAAGGAACUUGUGAACAUCAGCUGGGAUGCCAUACUGUCUUUGCAACCUGUCGUUGCGCAGCUUCCAUGCUGCAGCUACCACCUCUUCCUGAGGAGGGAGUCACAAAACACUGCGAGGGUUUGUGAACGAUGAAAAUCCACAGCAGAGAAGGGGAGCGGCGUGAUGGGUCGGCCAUCGAAAAUGAGAAGGCAGUCCGAAUGCUUACGCCAGCGCUUGACCUCGGCCGAGAUGUCAUCCGUAAAAGUGUUAUUCAUAUCGCGAACAGUCUGCUAGUGCGGAGCCUAUCAUCAGCUUGAUAAAUGAGUUGGUCGUUUUGGUGUGCCACCGACGUUUGUGAUCCGCUCGUGAUUGAUGACGCAACUAAAAGCCUGUCCUUCGCCAUGCUGGCCGACUGAUUCGAGGACCUAAUUCAGUCAGUACGGCGUAUUUUACCGGUUGUAAAGGCUUAAACCUCGCUGAUCCAUGUCGUCGUCGUAGUCUAAAUCAGUAGGCUCUCGUGUUCGAGGUUAUCAUGACUGUGUUGGUGUUGUGGUUUACGGUCUAGGCCUACAAACCUUGAUUCUCCCCGGACUGUUUAAAUUCCACGCAAGUUUAGACCGAACGAAGUGUUGUUUGUGAUGACUGACAGAACUUUUAUAAAGAGUUCUAAGAAAUUUAUGACGGUAAUCGCCGCAUCCUUGCCUUUCCUGGCGAACUGCCAGACCUAGGGCAGCAAACGGAUUUCCUGUAAGCAUUCGGGCAGGAAACGAGUUCCGCAAGGUGAUUUCGAAAAGUCAGUCUGCGCCAAUUUACACAUGAUUUCCCAAUUGCUAAAUAUCUAGUUUUAUCUGUGAAACGGACUUUCCACCUACACAGCUGCCUGCCCCUAUCAGUUCCCCCUGAUUGUACUUGCUCAAACAAUAACCAAUUUAAGUGUCUUUUCUGGCGACGGGCACUUUUUAACACUGUCGUUGCCUUGUGUCUGGUCUCCCGACGGUGGGGCACAUAACGUUGGUGUAGCACGAGUGGUUGAUGGCUGCGACAGGAAGCCUUGAAGGCAAUAAAAGAAAAAAAGGUGGCAAUAGGCUGGAUUCCUAUUAAUUGCUCCUCGGAACUGGAAGGCGGAAGUAUCCGUGCAUCUCCUCAAGGCCAUUAUCUACUCUAAUUUUUAACGACGCUGCUGCGAUCUGAUAUUUUUGUCUCCCAUGUGGUAUCACAUGACAGUGCAUAGCGGAGGCGUGGAUUUUCACACCGAAAUUGUGAUAUGGGGUAUAAAACUUUAGAACCAUUGUUUCAAUGAAAUUAAAGUGUUGGUUACGCCAUUUUUGUCCGCAGUGCAGAAGACGAACAAGUUCGCAAGCUCAAAGUAAGUGUCACGUCAAUCUACUAUCAUCGUCUUACUCUCAUACGAUCUAUAAUAAAUCUUGCCUAACCAUGCGUAACAUGGCAAACCUUCGUCGUCUUUAAGCCAGCAACAGGUGUACUUUGCUAUUUGACCUUUUGGCGAUCCGUUAUCCGACUAGCAGGGACUUUUGUCAGGCCAGUAGCUAGAUAUUAGUCUAGCGUUUGUGUUCUCCGUGCUCGACAGCCUCUGCCGACAAAGACGGUGCACAAGAAUAGCUAUUUCUGUCAUACUUGUCAGCGUCGGUGUGCCGUACUUCAGUCAUAGACCAUGAAGACUUGGAGUGUGAACCUUGGCGCGCUUCAUUAUCAGGCGUGAUAGGUCACGGGCUCAAGCUCCUGUUUGUGAUCGGAGUCACGUAGGCGUGUCGUUUACUGUUCUAGUAUUAUUAAAGGACGGAGUAUCUGAUUCAGACUUGGGAUUCUCAGCGGCGGAUUGCCGACAAGGAUAUCAUCAGCUUUACCCAAACCCGGCUUUUAGGGGCAUCCGACUAGUAGUAUGUGCAGGUAGUUUGGCUACGGGAACUUUGGUUCAGUCAGUCUUUUAGCGUUCUUUCAGCCACCAUCACAUUGCAUAGAACACGUCAUUCCAUUUACGAUACAUAUGUGCACCUGUACGUUGCCUGUCAGCGUCAAGUGACCGCAUGGGGCCUCCGCAUCUUCUAGUUUUCACGAAUUCUUGUUUCACCGCCGUGCAUCCCGCGUUCGUUAGCAACAGUGGACACCUGUCGUCUUCGUCGACAAUUUAAAACGCCUUCUUCUUAGGGCUGUAUUAGGAGCUGAUUUGUGCCUAAAUUAACUGGUAGAAUUCAGCGCCAGUUUUCAGUUUCCGCCCAGAAGUGAUGCGUUGCACUAAUCACGCUUAACCUUAACCAGACUGUGCACUUGAUGCAGUAGUGUAUUAAGAGUGUGAAUGGGACCCAGUGUGCUUCCAUUAUUUUGUUUUUUUUUCUCUGGGGCGCUGAUUUUCCACAUGGCAUGGCCUCAUGAAUGACGCCCCUUAUAGGAUUUGUAUUUCGAAUACCGGGCGCUAGAGGUCAGCAGGACCGUUACUUACACUGCUCAGUCUAAUGCAGCAGACGGUUGUCGAGAAGCCGUGUAGCCCCUAUUAACCAGAUGUACCUAGCGAUAUGGCGAUUUGCCUUGUUUAAUUUCCGAGGAAACUAAUGCGCGAACUUGGAGUAACUCUUUCGGAACAGACCUUUUCAGGCACGGUCCGAAGUUUGAUAUGAAUAUUUGAGCUGAAAUCCGUCAGCUACUGCGGAAUAACCGCUUAAUAUUUACAAAUAUUCAUAUCAGACUUCGGACCGUGCCUGAAAAGGCCUGUUUCAAAAGAGUUACUCCAAGUUCGCGCAUUAGUUUCCUCGGAAAUUAAACAAGGCAAGUUGAAACUGGAGUUCAUAUACCAGAAAACACACGGGGAAAACUGGGGGACCCACUGACGAGCCGAACCCCUCGCAGCUGCGUCAGGCAGCGGCAUAAGAUCGGCGGAACACGCGUGUCUGGGCUUUUAGCUAAUACCUGUGUUGUUAGUACGGUAAAUCAUUGCACAAUGAUAUGCCGAUUGUCAUCAAUAGAAGUUUACUAAAGAGGUGAUGGCCAAAAAUGCCUUCACCGACUCAAACCACAUAUGUACCUCGAGCCCAGAGUCAUCGAUCGUUACAGUUAGUGACCUAACUCAUGAAAUGUGUCGAAAUUUGCGAAUGAUUGCUAAUCACUGGCAAACCGGCACCAUUUCAUUAGUCAAAUGUCAAUGUUAAUCAAGUACAAGUUUAAAAGAAUUAAAAACUUGAAAGAAAUAUCAUAGGCAGUGUUGCGUCGUUUAGAAAUGUCGAUUUAUUUUGAAAAGCGCCAUAUCCCGAAAACGUCAGAAAUGGGUCUAAUUUAACAAACUUCGUUUUUAGAUGUAUGGAAUGUAUUUUCAUACCAAAAACGUACUAAAUAUGAAAAUAGACAUAAAAUAACGUCUAAUAUCGGUGUUUCAGUGAAGUUUACAUCUCAGUCAGUCAGUGUAUUUGUGGGAAAUAGGCUUGCGCCUUUGAACUCCUUAUUUGUACAUAAAAAUCGAUAAAUAAGCAAAAUGUGAAAAAAUUACAGCAUCAAGUGAAUGCAGACAUUGAUUCACAUAUGUCAUUGGUCUCAUGGCUAAAAGUCACAUAGUCUAAAUAUCGUUUAAUAAGUAGUGUGAUUUCAUAUAUGACGGUUUGUCAACUGCUUACAUUCUGAGUGUAGAUUCCAAAACAGUUUUCGAGUGUUUUGUGUUUUCCUUGACUAUUUGGUGUUAAAUGAGAGGGUGUUCAACAAGAGAAGCUGGAUUUUGCUUGAUUUCGCCGAUGAGGACGUCGUAGGAUCAAAAGUUUUCAUAAGGUGACAUGCCACGAGGCCGGUCGGUGCCGAAUAAAUUUGCGGCUUUGGAACCACUUGUUACUCAAAACUCUGGCUGACCUCGUCAAGACAAAUGGAAACUACCAUUGUCCUUCUUCCAUUCUUUGGUUUUCCAGGUUUGUGUCAAACGGUGUCUAGGACGUGGCUGCGGACGUAUCGACGACAAUGAGGAAACUCUAAAAAACAGGUCAAUUACCUUCUAUGCCAACGUCCCUUUACGAUAGUUUUGUUGCAUUAUUUCUUAAAUUUCAGAAAUUUACGCUGGUUACCGCCUGUUCAAUAUACUAACAGUGUUUCUUACGUCAUCCUUGGGGCAUUGGUAUUAUACCUCACCGUUCCGUAGAUCACAUAUUUGUCGUCUCUCGUGGCUACAGCCUCGUACCUGCGAAAUACUCGCGCAGCCGCUCUCACGUCACACGCUGACCUUCCACAUUGACGUGUGCAUCGUGUGCGCAGAAUGCGGCAUUUUCCCACGCACGACGUACUAACCUGGCCAUGUCGUAUUUUUUAAACCUAAAUGGAUCUGCCCUAGUAACUGCCCUGUCGGUAAAGGCGUCUUAUGCCAGCCUAAACUUCUGAAUUCUGAAUCCUUCGCCAGUACAAGCAACCAAUCUCAUCCUCCAGCUCAUUUUCUACCUAAAUUUAAAAAAAUUAGGGAUUCAAUCAUGAGAAGCCAAAGAAUUUGCCGGAACAAGUUGUCUUUCUGCCUGGUUUUUUGGGUACUUUAGUCUGCUACCUAUCUGAGAAGGCGCACAAAAAGCACGAGAUUAUUAAAGGACAACGGGAGUAUGUGUUUGUCGUGGUGCCUCUCUGGCUGUACCUGUAACGGUAUUCCGAAUAACCGAUCUGGCCGGUUCAAAUUCAUCUCAUCACGAAUGAUCUCCUUCCACUGUAGUCAGUCGGCAUCAGACCACCGAGCCAUCUUGAGAUAGUUGGUUCGACGACCUCUGAACCGAAGACUGAAUAAUCAAAGGUGUUCUCUAGGCCGUCUUUCACCACGUCCCCCUGACGCGGAUGCAGACGAGUAGUUUUCCGCAAGAUCUCGCCGUCAAGACGAGCAACCCUGUUCCGAACCUUUUCUGUGGGCAAAAAAGCUGGCUGUAGUUCAACUGCUUCUCUUUCUGAUAGACUUCACAGUUGCUUACCGGAGACGCGAUCCGAGAGACGAAUUCAGUGAUUGAGAAGUACAUACCAUCAAUCAAAUACUUCCAGGUGGCGUAUACCUCCCGAGCAUAGGGAGUGAUAGUCUUGACAUUAGCCUCGUAUACUCACGGCUUCGUCUUCAGACUGAUCACACUCCGACUUCAGAAUUCGAAGAUCGACCGUACGUAUCUGGACGAUCUGAUGGCUAAUCUCCACCCGACCUCGCCAACUAUCCAAAAAACGUGCCUGGCUAUCGUGACUGGCAAAUGUCUCCAACAACAGGGUCAGACGCGGUCGUUUUCAUCUUUGAUGACAUUCGUGCAUCCUCUCUACCUGCCUUCACGCUUGCUUAGGAUGUCCUAUUUCUGCAAAGAGCUCGACAACACCGCAACAUCACCAGCGUAGUCAUCACCCGUGAUGUGUGAAAGACAACGAUAGAAUACUCGGUGGUCUUUCAUCGCGUGCCGAAGGACUAGACUGUCACGGUCCUGACAGGGGCCGGAGGUGGCAUUGGAGAAGUCGUUUUCGUCAUUCACACGAGAUUUGGUCUUUGUUCUGUGCUGGUUGGCUUGAGUCAAUCGAAGUACAGAAGACGAAGAUGUGAUCAUUGGACCAAGGAAUUUAUUUGCCUGACGUUUCGGAUUCUCACUCGAAUCCAUCAUCAGAGACAGUCGCAGUGAUCACAUCUUCGUCCUCUGAACGGUUACCUGGAACUCUCCUGCUCUCUUCUAUCAGCAGUCAAUCGAAGUAAUUGCACUGACAUGUCGUCGUGCAGAGUGAUCAACUACGGGGAGUCCCCGGUCAGAAGUAGAAGAAAACUUCGGGAAGCGAACAGUAGUGGCCUGCUGGUGAUAUCGGACAUAGGUGGUGUUAAGUAACCGCAUCGCCGUGGGCCGAAAGUAGUGUCCCGCUCGAGCGUAGUAUGACCGCGGUUAUGCUGGCGCUAAUCAGUCCUUCUUCGCCACAAACGUUUGUGGGUCCUGCACUAUCGUUGUCCGCCAUAGUGACUGAGUUAUCUCAAUCUGCAUUUCGUGAAGGUAGAUUUGCAAGGCUAGAGGAGAUCGACACGCAGACUGUGGAAUUUGGCGUUAGAAAAGCAUACCUCCAAGGUAGGCAUCUUGGUCGUCUAUGACGGCCGAAAAUAGAACCCCAAUGCAUAUAUCCGUAGGCUUACCACGUUUUAUCAGGCAGGCACCUAGUUGGGGAAAUUUUCUCCGAUCUCGAACCAUGGAUUUCGCUGUUUUAACUUGAGCUGGCAACUGGGAUCUACGAGAACCGUCUAAGGUACAUCUACAUAGGUAGACCUGCCUCGCAGGGCGGCAGCGGAAGCGGAAUGGAAUGCUGCAAUUACUGACAUUACUGCGACCGACAUUGUUGUCGAGAUUUCCCCCCGAAUCCCUCUUUGUUUACUCACUACUGUGGGCGAUAGAAAUUGGCCAUUUUCACCUUUGCAGAGGCUGAGUAGAUCAAAUAAUUGCUGUGCAGUGUUCCCUCGAAUGAACAAGUGGCUGUUAGCAGGACUUUGCCAGGAGGGUGCUCUCUUAGGAAACGUGACGCCUUAGGAACCCUGCCUGUUGGACCCGCCGUCAGAGCUCACAGCACUUAGCGCCAUCUGACCCUUCCCCAAAGGCUAAACUCUCGUUGGAAGACGAUCGGUCACCCAAACUGUUUCUCCUUAUUCGGUGAUUUAUCUGGACCCCUCGACAAAUUGUUGACCGUAAAUAAAUGUCCCAUUUGUUCGCUGUCCGUUUUCGUCGACGAUCGCUGUGUACGCUCUUAUUCUGAAGCCCUGCUUAUCUUUUAUUUCCUCCAGAAUCACUCAAUUUAAGGUCGAAGGUCUGCCGGUAAUUGAGUACUACAGUCAGAAGGGACUUGUCACCCAUAUCGACGGCAGCAAAACUCCGCAGGAGGUGCGCACAUUUUUUUUCUUUACCAUUUUUGGUGCAAAUAGGUCUUUAGGGAGGUACAGCGCGUUCUGGAUCCCAUUUUACUGAACAGCAGUUAG